UGCUAUCGGCCGCUGUCUUUCACUUGGACACGCCGACAUCAAGUGCCGAAGCGCACGCAAAAAGCCGCAAGACAUAUUCAGUUGCACAAGGUACAUCGAGAUGACCGUGUGGUGCCGUCGCUGCAGCAGGCGCUUUGGCAAAUACAGCGCUCUACGCCAGCAUGUCCGAGACUCACAAAAUCAUUACGAGUGCAACAUCUGCCAAUUCGACGGUGAGACUUGGGAUGAGCUCUUGGACCAUGCCCGGGGUGAGCAAUGUGGCAUCGUGUGUCAAGGCUGUGAUGGAGGACUAGGGGAGAUUUGGAGCAAUGACGGCAACGGGUAUUGGGAGCAUGUCAAGCAAGAGAACGUUUGCAUGAUCUGUGAUCGACAUUUCGAGAAUCCCAACAACCUUCGCCAGCAUGAGAUUUCCCAUCGCCAGAAGAACGUGGAGUGUUACCGCUGCAACGAUACGUUCAAAACCUACGGAGGCAUGGCGAGUAGCAUUGUAUGA